CGACGAGAAAAGAUAGGAAGAGCAAACACGGCAGCGAACUCUCGUUCUCGUUCUCUACAAACAGCAGACACUGCGCAGGACAGGGAGAGCUUCAGCAUUCAUGUCAACAAAAUGCUGAACACCGUGCGAUAUCGACCCUGGACCUGCAAAGACUGCCUGCGCCUUGUGAAAUCCAGACGCCCCUUUGCAACAGCCGCCGCAUCGACAGAUCCCAGGGCCGCAAUCGAUUAUGCAGCAGCCAACAAAUUCUCAAAAAUCCGCGAUGAUGAUACUUUACGACGCGUUUUUGAUUCUCGUCCGUUCUGGCGGGAGUUUUCACAUAAACGAUUGAAUACUUCGAAACGCAGCGGUCUUGUUCAGAAUCAGUACCUCACCAGUCCCGAGGGUUUCCGACAGUUUGCAGAGACAUCGCUUCAAAAAUGUCAACGGAUCGUUUCCAAGGUUCUAGCAGCCUCGACACUGAAUGAUUACCGGUCGAUGGCGAGGGAUAUGGACCGGCUGAGCGAUCUCUUAUGCCGAGUCAUAGAUUUAUCGGACUUUGUGAGGAGCAAUCAUCCGGACCAACAAAUCCAAGAGGCAGCGACGCAGGCGUAUGCGCUUAUGUUUGAGUACAUGAAUAUUUUGAAUACUACGACAGGCUUGUAUGACCAAUUGAAAAAGGCGGCAGCCAAUCCAGAGGUAACCUCCUAUUGGAGUGACGCCGAGAAGAUGGUUGCCCAGAUUUUGAUCAAGGAUUUCUCAAAUUCCGCAAUCCACAUGCCCCCGAAAGAAAGGCACCGAUUCGUCAAUUUGUCUAAUGAUAUCAGCCAGUUAGGUUCUGACUUUGUCAAUGGAGCAGAACCAGCAAAGUCGCACGUCGUGCUGAACAAGAGCAGCGUUCAGGGGCUGGACCCGGUCGUUGUCCGUCAACUGCAGAGGUGGAAUAAUACUGUCCCUAUACCGACUUCUGGGAUAGAACCAAAAAUUGCCCUACGGUCUGUUCACGAUGAAUCUACCAGGAAGGAACUCUAUAUUACCACACGAACAUCGAGCAAGCGUCAAAUUCAUCGGCUAGAAGAACUCCUCUCGAAGCGUGCGGAACUAGCAAAGCUGUCGGGAUAUUCUUCAUAUGCUCACAUGGCAUUGAGUGACAAAAUGGCAAAGACACCUGAGGCUGUUUCCAACUUUUUAACUACUCUGAUUGACAGCAAUCGACCUCAGGUCCAAGAGGAACUGUUCAAACUGCAAAGUAUGAAAAAAGGAUCACCAUUACAACCAUGGGAUCAUGCAUAUUAUGUGCAAAAUCGUCUCACACAGUACGCCAUUUCCCGGCGGUCUCGCGAACUAAGUAGAGUUCCAGAAUUCUUCUCGCUAGGAACUGUGAUGCAAGGUCUGUCGCGUCUGUUUGAUCGUCUAUAUGGUGUGCGAUUAGUGCCUCAGGAAACUCUUCCGGGGGAGACUUGGAAUUCUGAUGUUCGACGGUUGGAUGUUGUGAAUGAAUCAGGCCACCACAUCGCAGUUAUCUAUUGCGAUCUUUUUACGCGGCCCAACAAAAGCCCAAACCCAGCUCAUUUCACCCUCCGUUGUGCUCGUGAGAUAUCCACAGAUGAGAUCGCUGAGUCGGCGGCCAUGGAACCCCCGUCACAUCCCAAUGAUGGAAUGGCAACAGCCAUGAAUGCUGGAUCCCAAACACUUCGCCAAUUACCCACGAUUGCCCUUGUCUGUGAUUUCCCAGAACCGCCUGUCUCCGGCAAUGGACCCCCGACCUUGCUCACCGAACAUAGCGUCAGAACUCUGUUCCACGAAAUGGGCCACGCCGUUCACUCGAUCUUAGGCCAGACACCCCUCCAGUCUAUUUCCGGUACGCGGUGCGCAACCGAUUUUGCCGAGCUACCAUCAGUGCUCAUGGAAAGCUUUGCCACCGCGCGUGAAGUCCUCUCGUUAUACGCACGACACUGGGAGACCGAUCAACCAUUAUCAGAGAGCAUGAUGCGCAGCAUGGAAGCCGACCGGUUGGCACACGGAGACAUUUACGGCGCGGUCGAAAACGAAGCGCAGAUCCUGAUGGCACUCGUCGACCAAGCCUACCACUCUCUGCCCACCGACGGCACCCCCAUCAACAGCACCGAUAUCUACCACCAGGUCUUUUCCGCGCACUGCGCGCUUCCCGAUCCCCAGGACAGCAGCAACCGCACCUCCUGGCAAGGAUUCUUCGGGCAUUUGUACGGGUACGGAGCUACCUAUUACAGUUACAUCUUCGACCGCGCCAUUGCGAACAAGAUCUGGCAUGACGUGUUCCAAACCGGCAAGCUCUCCAUCGACCGCGCCGCCGGCGAGCGAUACAAGAACGAAGUCCUGCGCUGGGGCGGCGGACGUAAUGGCUGGAGCUGUGUCGCGGGUGUGCUGGGGGAUAAUAACCCUUCGAACGCAGAUGGACGGUUAGCUGAAGGCGGCGAAGAGGCGAUGCGUGAAGUUGGCCGGUGGGGAUUGGGUCGCGAGGGCGUCUCAACAUAGAAUAAACUUUUGUCUAUAUCUAUAGAUAUAUGUAUAUUAUAAUAGUUCGAGUCGAUAGAUCUCGGUGGGUACUUUAUAAGCGUACACACUAGACAAUGCUACAC